UCUGUGGGUCCAACAAAGCAGUGCUUGCACCGAUGGAUCAGCUGUUCUUAAUGGCAAUGGGGCUAUUGCCCGUGCUAGCCUUCAUGGUCCUUAUGUUCAUGCCCAAGCCCAAGAGCAAGAUCACCUGCGUUGGUGCCACGCAGCUCCCUCCGGGCAGUGCAUUCUCCUGGCCCCUUGUGGGCAACCUGCCGGAGAUGAUGCUCAACAAGCCAGCAUUCCGAUGGAUCCACUCGAUGAUGAAGGACAUGGACACCGACAUCGCCUGCAUCCGCCUCGGUAGCGUCCUCGUGGUCCCGAUCACCUGCCUGAAGAUCGCCCGUGAGGUACUCAAGAAGCAGGAUGCCAACUUCGCCUCCCGCCCGCUCACCUUCGCCUCGUCGACCUUUAGCGGCGGGUACAAGAACGCCGUGCUGUCCCCCAUGGGCGAACAGUGGAGGAAGAUGCGUCGCGUGCUCACCUCGGAAAUCAUCUGCCCCUCCCGGCACCAGUGGCUCCACGACCAGCGUGCCCAAGAGGCCGACAACCUCACAAGCUACGUCUGCAUGCUCGCCACCGCGCCGUCCUCGGCCGUCAAUGUGAGGCAUGUGGCGAGGCAUUACUGCGGUAAUGUCAUCCGGCGGCUCGUAUUUGGCAGGCGCUACUUCGGCGAGCCUCGUCAGGAUGGCGGCCCGGGUGCAAUGGAGGUGGAGCACAUGGACGCUGUGUUCACGUCGCUAGGGCUCCUCUACACGUUCUGCGUCUCCGACUACCUACCGUGGCUGCGCGGCCUCGGCCUCGACCUCGAUGGACACAUGAAGAUUGUGAUGGAGGCCAAUGCGACGGUCAACCGGCUGCACGACACGGUCAUUGACGAGAGGUGGCGGCAAUGGAAGUCCGGCCAGAUGGAGGAGCUCGAGGAUUUCCUCGAUGUACUCAUCACGCUCAAGGACGCAGAGGGGAACCCUCUUCUCACCAUCGAGGAGGUGAAAGCACAGUCGCAGGACAUAAUAUUUGCCGCCGUGGACAACCCAUCCAACGCGGUGGAGUGGGCGCUCGCAGAGAUGACAAACAUGCCCGAGGUGAUGCGGAAGGCGGUGGAGGAAAUCGACCGGGUGGUGGGCCGAGAGCGGUUGGUGCAGGAGUCGGACAUCCGACGCCUCACCUACGUCAAGGCAUGCAUUCGUGAGGCAUUCCGGCUGCACCCCGUCGCACCCUUCAACGUGCCACACGUCGCGCUCGCUGACAGCAACAUCGCCGGCUACCGUGUCCCCAAGGGCAGCCAUGUCUUACUCAGUCGUAGGGGACUUGGCCGGAACCCGGCUAUCUGGGACGAGCCGCUACACUUCAAGCCAGAGCGUCAUAUUAAUACCGCAGCCCACAACGACGUCACCCUCACGGAGAAUGAGUUGCGGUUCAUCUCCUUCAGCACCGGCCGCCGUGGGUGUGUGGCGGCGUGGCUUGGCACAACCAUGUGUGUAAUGCUCUUCGGACGGCUACUGCAGGGAUUCACAUGGACCAAGCCAGCGGGUGUAGCAUCUAUCGAUCUCAGUGAGUCGGAGCACGAUUUAUUCCUAGCCAAACCGCUUGUGCUGCACGCCGAACCACGCCUGAUGGGACAUGUCUACCCCGGUGGCCGAUGUUGAACAAAUUAAUAUGUUGCUGCCAAUAACGAGCUACAUGAACGUGGCUGUACCCUUA